ACAGGAACAAGAUAAAUAUUGCUUCCCUCUUUCUCUUCCUGUUCAGCUCUCAAGAUCUUCCUUGCUUUCGGUGCUUCUCAAAAGCCAAAUCUUCUUCUGCUCCCUCCAGUCGACCUCUCCCUUUCUCUUCUUCCCCCUCUCUGCUUCCCAAUCACCCUCUGUAUCCUCAUUUCCUCACUUCACAGACCUCAAGGUUCUCCAUAUUUACUCCCCUGACAUUAUCUUCCUGCCAAGGUUUGUUUCCCCUCUCAGUAAGCUCAUGCUUAGGUCAAGCUCAGGUAACUAAGGUUGCUUCUCGUACAAGAUCUUAUCCAACUUCUCUGCUUGAAAACAAAGCUGGUGGGAAAGUGAAAGAAGAAAAAGUGCGUCCGAAAUUCCCAGAAUAAUAAGCGCUACGUGUGAGCUCAUCAGGGGUUGUUUACUUGUUUAUGUAUCUAUAAUAGUGCCCCUGUUUCUCAAAUCGUGGCAAACAGAGUUGGCUGUUAAUGGAUCCAAACACCCAUCUCAAUCUGGAGCACCAACCCAACUCCGGGUUGCUCCGAUUCCGCUCUGCUCCCAGCUCAGUCUUCGCCGAGAACCACGCAGCGGAUUUGGGGGUCAAUAAGGGGAGUUCAACUGAGGGUACUUCAGACUCGGAGAGAUUGUUCUCAAGAUUCGUAAGUUACAGUCAUGGCAACGACUCGGAAUCGUGGCCGUCGAGUUUCCAGGAGUUCGAGGACAAAUCUACGGUCACGGAGGUGGCUGCCACGGCGAGUCGUAUGAGAUCACAGCAGCAGGGGUAUGCUGGUCUUCCGCCGCAUUAUCCGAGACAGAACUCGUUUGGGAGUGGUAAUGGGUCUUAUGGGUUGGUGGGUUCGGCCGCAGUGGAUCAUAACCCGCAAGUCAAGAGUGUUACUUCUAGUCUUGUUCGGCAGAGUAGUUCUCCUGCUGGGCUUUUCUCCAACCACUUUGUUCAAAAUGGAUUCUCAUUCGGAGCUUGGAACGAUCCAUCGAAUUUUUCCGAGAACUUGGGUGGCAUGAGUAGAGACCAAGAUAAUGACCAGAAGUUAUUCUCUGCUUCUCAGAACGGUGAUCUUGGCAACCGGAUUCAUAUGUUAUCCCACCACUUGAGUUUACCAAAAAAUUCAGCAGAAGUUGCCAUGGAAAAAUUCCUCCAACUCCAAGAUUCUGUACCUUGCAAAGUUAGAGCAAAGCGAGGUUGUGCCACUCAUCCUCGAAGCAUUGCUGAAAGAGUGAGACGAACACGGAUUAGUGAACGGAUGAGGAAAUUACAAGAGCUUGUACCAAACAUGGACAAGCAAACAAAUACGGCAGACAUGUUAGACUUGGCUGUUGAUUAUAUUAAAGAACUUCAGAAACAGUUCAAGAGUCUGAGCGAUGUUCGAGCCAAGUGCAAGUGUUUGAGUAUGCAGAAGGCGGUUCAAAAUCAGAUAGUUUGACUUGCUUCUCUGUACAGGAGCUGAGGAAAAGUACAGGAGACCAGGAAAUUGAUGGAGCAGUGGAUGGAAACCAUAUGUUUUGGUUACACCAUGAUUAGUAAGUAGAAACUAGUUAAGGAGCUAAAUCAAAAGCAAGUCCAAGCAGUGAUCUAGUAAUGGCUCUAAAAUUGCCGUACUUUUUGGUGGAAUGUGAUGUUGAAGGCUGGUAAAGUUUGCACCACAACUUUUCAGGGGACCAGGUCUUGAGUGUAAGUUAACAAGCUAGGUUUCCUAUUACACAGAAUAUGAAAUAAAAGACAGAAUGUACAGGAUAUGUUCUCUAAUAUUAAUCCUAUUAAGAUUUUACAAAAUUUGUUGCAGUGUUCUGCUGCAUAUUUGGUUCUCUGCCAAA